AUGCCGUCAGCGUGCGACGGCGAGGACGGCGUAGACCUGAUCAGCGACCUCGGCGACGACCUGCUCCUCCGCAUAUUCGGCCUCCUGCCCGAUGCACGCGACUUUGCUGGAUUGGCCGCACUCUCCAGACGGUGGCGCGACCUCUCGACGCGCUCCCCGAAUCUACACCUCUGCCCCGUGUACUUCACCGGCACGGACGACGACGACGAGACUUACAAGCGGUUCAGAGCCUCCCUAAAGCGGUUCAACGCCUUCGUCGACACCGUCGUUGAGCGGCGCGUCUGCAGCAUCGACACGCUGAAGAUGACCGUCCUGCGUUGGCCCGGCGGAGCGCGCGCGGAACUCUGGCUCCACCGGGCGAUGGAGCUGGUGGUGAAAUCCCUGGACCUUUCCAUGUCCCUACCUCUGCAGGGCAGCCCGAGCGACUGCAAGAUGCGGCUGCCCUGCUGCACGAGGGCGGCAGAGAUAGAGUUAGAUCUAAACUACGGCACCCUCAGGCUCCCGGCCGUGGUCGAGUUCAACGCGCUCACCGACCUGUCCCUCAGUCUCAUAUCACUCUCGCGAGGAGACGGCAGCCGCCUCCUGUCGUCGUCGUGCUGCCCGAGGUUGCGGAAGCUGCAUCUCCUUAAUGUGUGCGGGCUGGAGGAGCAGCAGCUCGACGCCAGAGCGCUGGAGAUCCUGAAGCUGGACCAGCUCGCCAACUGA